UUGCUCUUCUACUUUCUCUAUAAAACCCCACUUUCUCUCUCACUCUUACUCACACAGUUCUUGCUCUCCCUCUCUCUCUUUUCACUUCCCAAGAAAACCAUACUUUCUUUUUCUCUUAAACCAAACAUCCAAGAAACGGUUACGUUUCGUGCAAUGGAUAUGAUGUCAAUGGUUCUUAUGGUCGUAUCAGCUUUUGUUGCUUAUUUGCUAUGGUGGAAAAUUUACUCUCGAUCUCUCAAUGGUCCAAGUGUAUGGCCCUUACUGGGUAGUCUUCCUGGUCUCAUCAAGAACUCUAAUCGCAUGCAUGACUGGAUUGCAGACAAUCUUCGGUCCAGUGGUGGCACGUACCAGACUUGCAUAUGUGCAAUUCCUUUUUUAGCCCGGAAGCAAGGUCUCGUGACUGUCACGUGUGACCCUAAGAAUGUAGAGCACAUCUUGAAGGCCAGGUUUGAUAAUUACCCUAAAGGUCCUACUUGGCAAUCUGCGUUCCAUGAUUUGCUGGGUGAAGGUAUCUUCAACUCUGAUGGUGACACGUGGCUAUUCCAACGUAAGACCGCUGCACUGGAAUUCACCACUAGGACUCUUCGCCAAGCCAUGGCUAGGUGGGUUAACCGAGCCAUUAAAAAUCGGUUUUGUCCGAUGCUCGAGUCGGCUCAGCUCCGAUCACAGCCGGUUGACCUACAAGACUUAUUGCUUCGGCUCACUUUUGAUAACAUUUGCGGCUUGGCUUUUGGUAAGGACCCACAAACUCUCUCGCCGGAGCUUCCUGAAAAUGGCUUCGCAGUGUCUUUUGACCGAGCGACAGAAGCCACUUUGCAACGCAUCAUUUUGCCGGAGGUUGUUUGGAAGCUGAGGAAAUGGCUUCGGCUUGGAAUGGAAGUCAGCAUGAGCCAUAGCCUUGAGCACAUUGACAACUAUUUGUCCGACAUCAUCAAGACACGUAAGAUUGAAUUGGUGAGUCAGCAAAAAGGAGUUGGCAUUGAAAACCCUCAUGAUGACCUAUUAUCCAGGUUUAUGAAGAAAAAAGAAUCCCAGAAGGACAAGUUCUUCCAACACGUGGCAUUAAACUUCAUCCUAGCUGGACGCGACACGUCAUCGGUGGCACUGAGCUGGUUCUUCUGGCUGGUGAGUCAGCACCCAAAAGUUGAGGAGAAAAUCCUUAUGGAGAUUUGCAGCGUUUUAAUGGAGACACGUGGCAACAACAUUUCAAAAUGGUUAGAAGAACCAUUAGGGUUUGAAGAAGUUGACCGAUUGAUAUACCUUAAAGCAGCAUUGUCCGAAACCUUAAGGUUAUACCCUUCAGUUCCACAAGACUCAAAGCAUGUGGUCGUCGAUGAUGUUUUGCCGACCGGAACUCGUGUUCCAGCAGGAUCAUCAGUAACAUACUCAAUAUAUGCCAUCGGUCGAAUGAAAUUUAUAUGGGGAGAUGAUUGCUUGGAAUUCAAGCCAGAGAGAUGGUUAUCAAUGGACGGUAAAAAAAUUGAGGUACAAGAUUCAUAUAAAUUUCUGGCAUUCAAUGCAGGACCAAGGAUAUGUUUGGGUAAGGAUUUAGCUUAUUUGCAAAUGAAAUCAAUUGCUGCGGCAGUGUUACUCCGCCACCGGCUGUCGGUGGCGGCAGGCCACCGUGUGGAGCAAAAGAUGUCAUUGACAUUAUUUAUGAAGUAUGGAUUGUUGGUGGAUGUACACCCAAGGGAUCUGAAGCCUAUAUUGGAAAGCAUAGGCAAGAAUAAUAAUAACAGUGGUAAAAAUGAGGUGGUAAAGGUAAUUAAUGGUAAUCAUCAUGUGGAGGUAGAAAUGGCUGCUGCGGUUGCUUGAAAGGAUUUGGUUUUUCCAUUUAUUUACAGAAAAAAAAAAAAAAAAAAGAUAUUGCGAAUAGGUUUUACCAUAAUUAUCUAUGUUUAUAAACAGAUUCACAAUCAUGAUGAUCAUAAGUUGUACGGUAAAUAUACCAUGAUUUAUGUAUCAGGUUUUUCAAUUCCUAUGUUUAAAAUAAAAAUAUAAGUGUCUUGAUUGUUUAAGGUUAA